AUGUCAAAUGAAUAUGGCCUCCCUAAUGCAUCCGGGGAUAUAUGUGAAAUAGUAAAAAGACAAUUUCGACGAGAUGGAGAUCUUGCUGUGGAGAAUAUAUUCUCUAUUCUUCCCUUAGAUGUUCGGAAGAUUAUCAAGCGCCAUCUCUUAUUGCCUAAACUAAAGGAAGUGCCAACGCUUCAAGGUAUAGACGAAAACGUGUUGGAUGACAUAUUCUUGGAUCAUCUUGAGCAAGUAAUCUAUGAUGGAGGCAACUAUAUUAUUCGAGAAGGGGAGCCACUUGAUAUGAUGAUCUUCAUCUCACGGGGCAGUGUUCUUACCUACAACACUAGUAGCACUGGCCAUGUUGGAGGAGGAAGUGGCUUGUCAAACACUAUAGGUCGGCUCACUAGGGAUGAUCUUUAUGGACAAGAACUUAUGAGUUGGGCAACGACAUCAACCUCCUUUUCCGACUUGCCCAUCUCCAGCAAAACCCUCAAGUCUCAUGAAAAAGUUGAAGUCUUUGCCAUAAGAGCUUCUGUUUUACUGCAUAUUGUCUCUGAACACAAGAAGUAUUUCAAGACAGAGACACAGCAUCCCCACCCAACGGAUAGCACUCUUAUUGAGAUAAAUGAACAUGGCAAUUCUUAAGUUAUUACACAUGCAAUAUUGUGCAAGGUCAGGUACCCACUUGUUAGCUAGCUAGCUAUAAGGCCUUCGUUAAUUAUCUAUAACCAGGAUUUUGUGAAACCAGUUUUACAAAGUUUUUACA